AUCAAGGCCCAGGUGUGUUCCCUGAUGGAGCUGCUCAGCACCACGCUGUUCCAGGCCCACGCUCUGUUCUACACCGUGCCCGAGGGGGUGCCCCCGGAGCCAGCCCUGCCCUGUGGGCUGCUCUUCUCCACCCUGGAGAGCAGCACGGGCCAGAACCCCGCAGGGAGAGGAGGGCUGCUGGAGGAGGAUCUGAAGCUGAGCAGGUGGUUCAAGUACCUGCCCGAGUCUGUGGUGGAAUUCCAGCCGGCCCUGCGGACCCUGGCACACCCCAUCAGCCAGGAGUACCUCAGGGAGACCCUGCAGCAGUGGAUCAACAUGUGCAGUGAGGACAUCAGGACGGGGGUCAGGACGCUGCUGGUGUACGUGAAGAGCAUGAAGGGGCUGGCAGGGAUCCGUGAUGCCGUGUGGGAGCUGCUGUCCAGCGAGUCCGGCAGCCACGGCUGGGAGGCCGUGUGCCAGCGCCUGCUGGGCAGGCCUGUGUCCUUCUGGGAGGAGCUGCUGCAGGAGCUCUUUCUGGACAGGCUGCAGACUCUGACCAAGGAAGGCUUCGACUCCAUUUCCAGCAGCUCCAAGCAGCUGCUGGCUGCAGCCUUGCAGGAGUUGGAAGUGAAAGGUGGCAGCGGUGCCCUGAGCAAGCAGAUGCAGCUGGAGCACAACGUGUCGCUGUUCCUGUGGUCGGAGAGCCCCGGGGACCUGCCCGGGGACGCG